AUGGAAGAUAUAGAAGACGUCGAGUUUGUUAGUACAAGAACGCCUGAACAACCUACUGAAUUAGCAAAAAGUUCAUCAGUUCUUGCACCUUCAGCAAAAUUCGAUAACCUUGAAAAUACUAUUAAAGUUUUAUUAAGUCAUGUUUAUUUUGGAAGUUCAACAAAAGAAAAAUGUAUGAUGGCAAAAACUUUUACAGAUAUGGGACUUUUAUUUAGACCAUCAUCUCGUCAAGUCUCUAUCUGUUUUCGUAGGAUGAGAGAUGAAGUUGUAAUUCCAUUUAGUGAAGUACUUAAUUGUGAACUUCAUAGUGAGAGAGAAUUAGUAGUAAAAUUAAAAACAGGAUUUACUAGAGCGGUAAUAUAA